CACACACACACACUAUAUUGCCAAAAGUAUUGAACCAGCCCUCCAAAUCAUGUGAUUCAGGUGUUCCAAUCCCCUCCAUGGACACAGGUGUAUACAAUCAAGCCCCUAGGCAUGCAGACUGCUUCUACAAACAUUGGUGAAAGAAUGGGUCGCUCUCAGGAGCUCAGUGACUCCAAGCGUGGUCCCGUGAUAGGUGGCCACCUGGGCAAUAAGUCCAUCCGUGACAUUUCCUGGCUACUAAAUAUUCCACGCUCAACUGUUAGUGGGAUUAUAACAAAGUGGAAGCAACUGGGAACAACAGCAACUCAGCCACCAAGUGGUAGGCCACGUCACAUGACAGAGCGGGGUCAGCGCAUGCUGAAGAGCACAGUGCGCAGAAGUCGCCAACUGUCUGCAGAGUCAAUUGCUAAAGACCUCCAAACUUGGUGUGGCCUUCAGAUGAGCCCAACAACAGUGCGUAGAGAGCUUCAUGGAAUGGGUUUCCAUGGCUGAGCAGCUGCAUCCAAGCCUUCCAUCACCAAGUGCAAUGCAAAUCGUCAGAUUCUGUGGUGUAAAGCAUGCCGCCACUGGACUCGAG